UUGUGUUUUGUGGUUUGCGUUUGUCCUCAAUGAAAAUAAUAAGAAAAUUGAGAAUUGUUUCUACAAACGAUUAUAACGUGUAGUUCCUAAAAACUAGUUUUUCUAAAUGAAAUUUAAUCUGUUUUUAUACACUUAAUAAUAUUUAUUUCUAUAAAAAUCUAUUUCUCUGUGCUAAAAGUUAAAAUAUGUAUGAACAAUUGCUAUUUUAGUAUUUUUAGAAAUCCAUUGCUGCUGUUUGAAAGUUUGGCUAGUUAAAGCUAAAAUAACCAUAAUUCUAAGUGCAUAAAAAUGGCCCCUCUACCCUUAGAAGGGCUACAAACCCCAGUGGGUAACAAUAAUGUAGUUCAGGGAAAUAUGGCUGGACCCCAAGAGGGAAACAGAGGUGGAAUGAUGUCUCUAGCUAUGCUUAUUGACUUUAUAAUCCAGAGGACUUAUCAUGAGUUAACUGUGCUUGCUGAGCUGUUGCCCAGAAAAACAGAUAUGGAGAGAAAAAUUGAGAUUUAUAAUUUCUCAACUAGAACACGUCAAUUAUUUGUUCGUCUCCUUGCCUUGGUAAAAUGGGCUAAUAGUGCUUCAAAAGUGGAAAAAUCUGCUAGAAUUAUGGCGUUUUUGGACAAACAAUCUCUACUAUUUGUUGAAACUGCAGAUAUGUUGGCUAGAAUGGCCCGAGAAACCCUUGUGCAAGCUCGCCUACCAAACUUCCAUAUACCUGCAGCUGUAGAAGUAUUAACAACAGGGACCUAUGGUAGACUUCCAGCAUGUAUAAGGGAAAAAAUUGUUCCUCCUGACCCAAUCACUCCACAAGAAAAGAAAACUACUCUUUUGAGAUUGAACCAGGUGAUCCAGCAUAGACUAGUGACAGGAAAUUUACUACCUCAAAUGAGAAAUUUAAAAAUUGAAAAUGGAAGAGUCACAUUUACUGUGCAACAAGAGUUUGAAGUGUCACUCACAGUUAUGGGGGAUGGACCAAAUAUUCCGUGGAGAUUAUUAGAAAUAAAUAUUCUGGUAGAAGAUAAGGAAACAGGGGAUGGCAAAGCAUUGGUACAUCCUUUGCAAGUCCAAUAUAUCCAUCAGCUUGUACAGGCAAGACUUGUAGACAAUCCACAACCUUUAGGGGAAGUUUAUAAUUGUCUACAUUUUUUCUGUCAAAGUCUACAGCUAGAGGUAUUAUACUCGCAGACAUUAAGGUUAAUGCGGGAUAGACUUGAUGAUCAUAUUCAUGUAGAUGAAUAUAUUCCAGGGAAGAGUUUGACUGUGUCUUAUUGGAGAGAUUUAAGGUCAGAACUGGGAUAUAAAUUGACUGUGCAAGUUGAUCAACAUGACCCUGCUAGGCCAUUGAUUGUAGUUCAUGUUCCAUCUUUGGGAAAUAAGGAAUGUGAAAUUGCAGAUAGAGCAAUUAGGAGUGAAGUUCUCUCAAUGGAGCGCCUUCUAGUUCAUACUAUCUAUGUCCGGACUAGAAGUCGGCUAGAAGACAUUAAACUAGAAUUACAAAAUCUUCUAAAAGAUGUAGAAUGUACUCUUCAAGGAUCUCCAGCUAUUCUCUCUGUAGCUAUACUACAACCAUGCCUGAGAGCAGAACAACUUCUUAUUACUGUAGAUACACACACCGGUAUGCUUCAGAGUCAUGUGCCUCAAUAUGAUCCUCCGUUAAUACCAGAAAUUAAUAAUAUUUUAAAUGGAAAUCAUGCAAGACUUUCUACAUACAUAUCAGAGUUAAGGUACUGGAUCACACAACGAAGAUGUGAAAAAACCCUGCAACAUUUACCAGCUACAGCUCACGAACGGUUACCUUUGCUUCAUGCACCUGAUCAUCCGAUUACUAAAAUUGGAAAACAUCAUAUGUAUAUUACUUUUCACCGGCAUACAAAUGUCGUGCUUAUUGUCGAUUUUACUGAAAGGGAGAGUAAUCCAUGUGAAAUUGACUGCUCCUUUAACAUGUUCGUGGUGAAACAUGCCAGCAUUGAUGACAAUCCGAAAGAUGAGACCAUUGAAACAGAAUUACCUAAAGUGUUUUUCAAAGUACAAACCCUUAUUGAAUUUGACACUUUUGUGGCUACACAUGGACCGUUUACACCUAUAGACGGAAGUUCAGACCCAGACUACACCGAACCUCUUUCUCUAAAACGCAAGGGCAACUUAAAACCGGAAUCGGCUACUAGAAGAGCCAAACAGCCUGCAUACUUUAUUGCAGAACUCUCUCAUGUGGUAGCAAUGUGUGACGAACGCCUUCCUUAUGUUACCCUGGCUAAUGAACUUACUAAAAAGAACAUAUUCCAUCAAGGAUUACAAGUUGAGGCAAACGCCACUGGUUUAGUAUUAAAACUAAUCCAAUUACCUGCUCCGACUCAAGAAAUUGGCCAAUCCUUAGCAUGGUUCGCUUUAUUAAAACGGCUUCUCUCUGUUUCCAUAAGAGUUGUUGGGAAAAAUAAUGCUAAAAGUUGGAUGGUGGAGCUGGUGUUUUACUCAUCUCCUUUAACAAGCACCCAUGCCAAGGAACAAGGUUCCAGAAGACCAAUUUAUUUUCAGUAUGAAAUGCUUAGUGCGGAUCAGACAUCCAAAACCGUAGAUACCUUAUUAAAAGAUUGGUGGAAGAUCGUACAUCUCUACACGCUAGUGCAUGAUUUAAGUGAAUAUUUAAAAAUCGACAAGUACAACUUCUUUUGCAACCUAUUUUCUGUGAGAUCAUUUAACUAUGUGAAGCUGGUAUUAUGCUAUGGACCAUACAAAGGCGCAUUAGUGCAAGUAGUAUGGGAUUGCCAAAGCAGUUCUUUUAAAUUAACAUUUGGAGCAAUGCACAACUCACUGAAUGCCCAUUCAAUUAUGCAAGAACAACUCGAAUCUCAUUUAAACGAGUACAAAAAUUUGGCGCAAAUAAUUCAAUUACUAACCGAGACUUAUGAACCCCUAGUUUCAUUGAGCAAGCUUCCAACUUUACCACAACUAGGAGUGCAUAAUACCAAUACGAAAGUACCAGUGCAAACAUUUACCAUAAUGCCUCAAUCCGCAAUUUUAUUAAGAAUCACUUUUCAAGGAAUGUAUUGUUUGGAGUUAAAAAUCCGGGGAGGUGGGCUGGUGUCUAUCCGAGAUGGUGCUUAUAGUAGAUUCGAUAUGUGUAAUGUUGUGAGCGUAUUUUUCCCCACGCCCGGUCUAAAGACUUUUUUGUCGAAGUACAUCGAUGAGAGUGCGGUGUUCAGGAGGAGAAGUCAGAGCGAAGAUGAUAAUCCCCCGAGUCCGAUGGAAGUCGACGGAGGAGGAAAUUUUUUGGCAACACAUAGAGCGCCUCAGUCACCUGCUGGAGGGUCACGUUCGGAGACUGGCUUAAGGUUUCACCCUCCAUUGACACCUCCUUCCGGUUCUAACCCCCACACGCCAGCAUCCCCACACACAGCAAGCAUGGUCCCCACAUCUCAUAACGGAUUUGGUUCAAGUCCGGCAACGUCCUUCAACUUGGCAUCUCCCACCUCGAUGUCGAACAACAUAAACCCCAGCCCCAUGCCUCAUCCUAGCCCCUCAAAUCUCGUACCUAGUUCACCUCUCAACCCUCAGCUAGCCAGCCCCGGUGGUUUGCUCAAUACUUCCAGUCCAGGACCUCAGCAAGCGGCAAGUAGUUUACCCGGCCACUCCCCAGUUGGCAGUUACAUACCAACCCAUACUGACGGAAGUCCGUUCCCUGCGUCACAAAGUCCGGCGGCUUCUAAUUGGCCGGGAUCUCCAAGUAUGCCACGCCCUUCUCCUGCAAGACCUGGGCAAUCACCGGGUGGACCGGUCAUGCAUAGUCCACAACAAGUCGAUUUGCGAUCGGGUAACCAUUUGUCCAGAGUGUUACCACAGAGAUCUUGGGCGGGGGCAGUACCCACACUUUUAACACACGAAGCUUUGGAAACCCUUUGCUGCCCUUCGCCUCAUCCCUUGGGCAUUCCCGGGCCGGAAAUGAGUCCUUUGGAAAGAUUUUUAGGGUGUGUCUAUAUGAGGAAGCAACUGCAGAGAUUCGUCCAUAAUGAAACUUAUUUAACUAAUAUACCGAACAACGAACCGGGUGUCAUACAUUUUAAAGUGAGCGAGAUGUUACAGUGUAGAGUUGGUUUGAAUACUCAGCACCUUCAAAGUCUACACAUCAAAAUUACGCAUCUCUCAGAACAUAAAGAGAUUUGGUCUCAAGAAGAGCUUCAGGUGUUGGAGCGGUUUUUUGAAACGAGAGCUGCCGCGCCUCCUUAUAAACCGACAUCGACCUUUACGUUUUGUAGUAUGUUAAAUUGCCCUCCGAAUGUACUGAAAGACUUUGUGCAGAUAAUGAGACUGGAUAUGAUGCCGCAUUUGGCGCAGCAACAGGGAAUGAAGUGGUCGGUGCAGUGGUUGCUGAGAAUACCUCCGAAUGCUUUACCGAUCGUUCCAACUGGUACUCAGGGUGUUUUGGGCAUAAGAAACAAAAUAUUAUUUUUCAUUCAAAUUACAAGAUUGGGUUACCCUCCAAACGCCGAUCCUCCAUCAGUAGUAUUGCCCUUAAUCUACGACAUAGCGGGUAAUAUUACUCAAUUAGCUGAAAAACGAGACAUAAUUUCGCCACCUACUAUGACACAAGCAGGUGCAGUACUUCGACAUUUCUGUCAAAUGAAUGCUGGAACCUUAGAUUGCACAGUCUAUCCGGCCUUAAGAGAGAUACUUAUGAACCUGACUUUCCCCAACGAGCCUCAACAACAAGCAGCUCCGCCUGGUGGUGUUCCCCAAAUCCAAUCCCCCGCCAUGGCUAUGCCGGGCCAAGGAGGCAACCCUGGUUAUCCGCCGCAUAUGCAAGUCGGCAUGAUGGGACCUCAAUAGUACUUGCUGGAGAAUGGGGUCACUUGGAGGGGGGGAUGGAUGAAUUAGUUUAUAUGUUAAAUAUGAAACUAGAAAGGCAAAUCUUAAGUUUCCAGUCCACGUUUCAUUUCAUGCUGUCGUUGGAUUUGGUUUAUUUUAAACUUGCUUCCUUUUUCAGUUGAUGUUUGACAAAAUAUCUUAUGAAUGGCAACUCAAUGUACAUUAAAAAAGAAAAUUUAACACCACAAAAAAAGCACUAAAACAUUUUCUUCACAUUUUUUGAAAGACUAUAUUGUUUUAGUAUAUUUGUCCUAAAAAAAUAUCUCAGUUUUCUGUUACAAUUUUGUAAAUAUUUUAUAAUUAUGUGUAUAAUACAGUGUUUUUUUAAUUAAUUAUAUUGUAAAUAGUAUAAUUAGGAGGUAUAUUUUAAUGUAAUAUUAAGUACAAUAAACAAAAAUUAUUAUUAAUAUACAA